CGACAAAAUUUACAUUUGUUAUUUCACAUAGGAUUUACUUACAUUAUCAAAUCGAGACACUACGCAUUUCAUUUUGCCAAAAACAAAAAUAAUGUCGCGAUUCGCGACUUUUAUUUGUAAUGAUCGACGCACGUAUGAAAUGAUGCGAAAUGACAAUUGUCACUAUUACAUUUUGAUUUGAACAAAAUUUGUUUACACUUGGCUGUCCAUUUGACAGAUAGUUCCAAAAACACUUUCGUAAAAUUUUGAAGGCCAUUACAGAUUCUGAAAUUACAUAAUGUGCGAUUAUUGUUCCUGGAUCAGCCAAGUUUUGGACAAAAUCGAUGCUAAGGCACAAGUUAGGAAGAAAAGAAGAUUAGCACCAUGGGUGGAUCCAGUUAUCAUUAUUCACGGAGGUGCUGGAAACAUUCCUCGAUACGCGCAGAAAUUUAUGCUCGACGAGGUGAAGGAAGCCGCUAUAACGUCGUAUUGCGAGCUAAUUAAAGGAUGCAGUUCAGUGGAUGCGGUCGAACGUGCGAUCUGUCAUAUGGAGAGCAAGAAAUAUUUCAAUUGCGCAUAUGGAGGCUCCUUGGAUGCCAAUGGAGAAGUCGUGAUGGAUGCUGCAAUAAUGACGGGCGAUUUUCGUGCGGGUUGUGUAGGCGCUGUUCGAAACAUGGCACAUCCCAUAACAUUGGCCAAAAAGGUUCUGCAACAAACAGAACAUGUAUUGGUAGUCGAAAGCGGAGCGCAAAAACUCGCCUUGGAGUCAAACAUUCCUAUUUUGUCAUCGGAGAAGCUGAUAGUUACAUCCGAUUCGAAGACCUCGUUACACGAAGAAGAGGAUAGCGGUAAUAAAAAGAAUAACGAAAACGAACGAGAUAUUUUAAAAGCAUUAAUUAUAUUAAUACACACAUUAAUCGCGAUAAUAAGAAGCGCAAGUCGUGAAGAAGAUACAGGAGCCUGUACAGACCGAAAACGGACAAUGUGACACGAGGAUGUGUAUACCGGGAUGCGUGAUUGAUAAAAAUGAGCAAGUCAAAAGCGCCAUUCCGGAGACUGCAUUCAUCCGAUUGAACGAAUCUCUAGAGAUCGAGUCCGAUUUUCUACAGGUUGAUUGAUUGCAAUGUUUCUUAUAUGUAAAAUGUUCAAGCAAGAAUGAUGAUGAGAUAAAUAUAUAUUAAUUAAUAAUCUUAUUACAAAUUCGACUUGAAUCAUUCUUGCUCGAAACAUUUUCGAAACAUUUCUUGUGUAACUGUAUUUUAUGCAUAAUCUAAUAUGAAUAUUUGCAAGAUUUGAAGAAACGAUUACAAAAGUGCUAUGACAGAUCGGUGCGGUUGGAGCAGUGGCCUACGACCGAAAACAGCGUCUCGCCAGCGGAACUUCAACAGCUGGCGAAUCGGGUAAGCUUCAUGGACGUGUGAGC